GCCACCUCGUCAUGCAACACAAGCACAGCAUCAGCACAAGUGCACAACACAUUCACAGAGGCGCAGAUACUGAUAAGCCGAAGCAACAAUGGCAGCUCAAGCUCUCGCCGCCGUCGUGGCCAUUGCCGUGCUCGCCCAAUCAGCCGCCGCCGCCGCGGCGCCGCCACCGGCCAAAGGCCCGGUGACAUACGUGUUCGGCGACUCGAUGUCGGACGUGGGGAACAACAACUACUUCCCGCUCUCCCUCGCCAAGUCCAACUACCCCUGGUACGGCAUCGACUACCCCAACGGCGUCGCCACCGGGAGGUUCACCAAUGGAAGAACCAUCGGAGACUACAUGGCUGACAAGUUCGGCGUCCCGUCCCCGCCGCCGUUCCUGUCGCUGUCAAUGGUCUACGACGACGUCCUCGGCGGCGUCAACUUCGCGUCCGGCGGCGCCGGCAUUCUGAACGAGACGGGCGUCUACUUUGUUCAGUACUUCUCAUUCGACCAGCAGAUAUCGUGCUUCGAGAUGGUCAAGAAGGCGAUGAUCGCCAAGAUCGGCAAGGAGGCCGCCGAGGUUGCCGUCAAUGCGGCGCUGUUCCAAAUUGGACUUGGGAGCAACGACUACAUCAACAACUUCUUGCAGCCGUUCAUGGCGGACGGCCAGACGUACACGCACGACACGUUCAUCCGCCUCCUCAUCACCACUCUGGACCGGCAACUAAAGAGGCUGUACGGGCUCGGCGCGAGGAAGGUGGUGUUCAACUCGCUGCCGCCGCUGGGCUGCAUCCCGUCGCAGCGCGUCCACUCCGGCAACGGCAAGUGCCUGGACCACGUGAACGGCUACGCCGUGGAGUUCAACGCGGCCGCCAAGAAGCUGCUCGACGGCAUGAACGCCAAGCUGCCCGGCGCGCGGAUGGCGCUCGCCGACUGCUACUCCGUCGUCAUGGAGCUCAUCGUCCACCCCGAAAAACACGGGUUCACGACGGCGCACACGUCGUGCUGCAACGUGGACACGACGGUGGGGGGCCUGUGCCUGCCGAACUCGCGGCCCUGCAGCGACCGCAAGGCGUUCGUCUUCUGGGACGCGUACCACACCUCCGACGCCGCCAACCGGGUCAUCGCCGACCUCCUCUGGGACGCCAUGCCGAGCGCCGGGAGCGGGGGCGCCGCCACCACCCCUCUCGCCGCGUCGCCGGCGCCGUCGCCGUCUCGGGCGCCUUAGUUCACCGAUCACGACGUACUGUAGUGUGUCAAUUGUGAUGUGUACUUUUGUAGCGCCGUACGUGCUCGUUCGCGCGGAUUGUUCUUGGAAGCGCCGGUGCUGGGUACUAGUAGCUGGUCGAAUUCACAAAAUUCGUUCAAAUUAUGUUUUUGGGACCAUCCCAAUGGGACAUAUCAGAUGUGUGAUAUGUAGGAUCAUCCUUGAGUUCAAUAUACUCCAAUAUUUGUAAGA